AUGUCGAGUCAUUCCAGCGACGUUUAUGUGAUGGAGAGUGCUGCGGAAUCCUCUUCAACAGCAUCGGCCUGCGCACCGGAGGGCCUUGUCCGUUCCCAUUCAUGCACGCAUUCAGAGUCGUCGUCGUCGUCGUCACGGGAGGCCGACCGGUACCGAAGGGCGGAGCGCCCUGCGCGCGCUGUUGGAACCAACACCGAGGAACAUGUGGAGGAGCGUGUGAGUUCCCUGCUGCACAGCGGCAUCAUGGACCUCAUGCGCACCGUCGCCGGUGAUGCGUUCGCAAAUCAAGUCGCACGGAGAGAUCACUACAAAAUGGCACAAAAUUCCACUGAGGAAAUCACAGCAGUCGCUCGAAGCGCAUUGAAUCGUCUUCGUGAAUUAGGCGUGCACCACUUGCAUCCAAAAACAGUACAGCGUGUGCCUUCAGAGGUCGCGGCGACGGAUAUCGUCACCGCCGCCCCUGAAUGGCUUGAGGAGCUACAAAAGAGAAUGGAAGAGACGGAUAAUCUUCUCCACGACCUGACUGUGAAGGCUGAAAAGAUACCAGAAGAAGCUGCAGUAUCAAAGACGAACAUACUUUCUUUGGUUCCCGCAGCGACGCCUAGAGCGGCCUCGCAUCAAUCGCCUCCGUCUUCGUGGACACCUCCACACGAUAAUGGCGAACGGAUCCAAGGCCUUGAAGCGGAGCUUCGAAAACUACAAGAGGAAAUAGCUGAGACACGUGUGGUUCUUGCCAAAGAGGGCGUGCAUAGCGUCCUUCCGCUCUACAAUGAACUAUUGAAUCUUCGAGAAACGAAGCAGCAGGCAGCACUGAGAGACGCUGAGACUACAGCGGCAUACCUCUUUACUCAGGAUUGCUGCUUUAGGCAGCAACUGGAUGCCAUAGAGAGGCGUAAGAAAAUGCUUGAUCAUGAUUCUAACUCCCGCUGCUACAAUGAUGAUACGGCAACCACUCUAUUGGAGGAUGUUGAGAAACUAGCCAAGUUGGGUCGCGACUUGAAUCAGAUUCGUGAUGAGUAUCAAAAGCACCUCACAGUCAUUGACAUGAGUCAUCGGGCGUUUCCCUCUCCCCAACCAGGGGAAAAAAGGUCCAGGACCUCUGAAGACUGCUUUGAGGCGUUGAUUGAGCGGGAGACGCAGAGUAAUCACCAAAUACUUUCAUUGCGUCGCGAACUGGAUGCACAGAUGAAAGAAACAGAGGCGUGGAAACAACGCUACGAGGCGGCUGUUAAACAUGUCAAUCCCCCCCAGGAUAGUAACUUGUUUGCCUCUUUGCUGCAGGAUAUAGAGGGGCGUCUGUCUCUGGAGGCCAACCGUAGAUGCACACUUUUAUGCAACAUCUUUGGCUGGAAGCUGCUCGAUAUGAGCAUUGGCUCUCUCACCAUAGGACGGAUGGGCUGCUUUGAUGAGCAGCUUACGUUGCCUCUUGGGGAUUCAGCAAAGGACGAGAGAUCCGUGCUUGCGACAAGCAUUGUACUGGCGAGGAAGCUUUUGGAAGGCUGUGGCACGCUGCGAGGAAAUCAACAGGGGAAUUCAAGCUCUCUGGCAGUGGAGGGUGGCGCAGCUUCAAACAGAGAGAGCAAGGUGGAGGAAAGUGAAGAGGCGAGUACGGCUAAUGAGGAAGAAGAAGAAUCCACCACGGCAACAUCGGUGAACAUUUCUGAAACGGGCGGCGAAGAAAACCACGAUCCGAGUGAAAAUGCGGAGGUUGACGCAGAACCACCACUGCAAGAGGACGCGGUGGUGAAAGACAGUUCACCGGCCUCUGCGGGAAAUCAAGAGCCUUCAUUCUACAGCAGUGGCUUGUGGGAAUAG